GAUUUAAGAUCAGCAGCACAACCCUAUGCACACAAGCUGUGAAACAGUCUCGUUGACUUCAGUGCUUUUUAGUUCCAGGUAAGUGGGUGCAGGGGGACGCGGGUGGCGCUGUGGGUUAAACCACAGAGCCUAGGACUUGUCGAUCAGAAGAUCUGUGGUUCAAAUCCUUGCAAUGGGGUGAGCUCCCGUUGUUUGGUCCCUGCUCCUGCCAACCUAGCAGUUCAAAAGCACAUCAAAGUGCAAGUAGAUAAAUAGGUACAGCUCUGGCGGGAAGGUAAACGGUGUUUCUGUGCGCUGCUCUGGUUUGCCAGAAGCGGCUUAGUCCUGCUGGCCACAUGACCCGGAAGCUGUACGCCGGCUCCCUUGGCCAAUAAAGCAAGAUGAGUGCCGCAACCCCAGAGUUGGCCACAACUGAACCUAAUGGCCAGGGGUCCCUUUACCUUUACCUUGUGUUAGCAAGUUCCUUUACUGAGCAAAGUUUGCAUUCCCCUUUUAAACGCCUAAUGGUCAGGGGUCCCUUUACCUUUAAGUGGGUGCAGGACUGAAGGCAAAAUUCUCGAACUGAAUCUCCUCUGCCUUUUUGGAGUGCAGCCUCCUCAGGGCAGAGACCUGCCUUGCGGUGCAACUCUAAACAAGCUUGUUGUUGUUUAGUCAUUUAGUCGUGUCCGCCUCUUCGUGACCCCAUGGUCCAGAGCACGCCAGGCACUCCUGUCUUCCACUGCCUCCCGCAGUUUGGUCAAACUCAUGCUGGUAACUUCAAGAACACUGUCCCACCAUCUCAUCCUCCGUCGUCCCCUUCUCCUUGUGCCCUCCAUCUUUCCCAACAUCAGGGUCUUUUCCAGGGAGUCUUCUCUUCUCAUGAGGUGGCCAAAGUAAACAAGCUUAUACGGAAGGAAUUCCCACAGAGCUCAGUGAGACUUGCUCCCAUGUAGGUGGAUAUAGGAUCUGAAUUUUCUUCCUAUAGCCUGGAACACUUUUCAAAAUAAUUGUUAGGGCAGGAUGCAGUCGUAAUUUAAGGACUUUUAAAAAACAACAACCACAGGUUUCAUUGAGAAAGACUGGUUUGUGGUUAACUCCACUGAAACCUACGAAACUUCAAAACAGAGGCAGCUCCCCUGUGGCCUCCCAGGUGUUGCUGGACUACAGCUCCCAUAAUUCCUGGUCACCAGCCGUGUUUGUUGGGCUUAGGAGUGUGCAGAAUGGAAGAGAGAGGCAGCAGCUUCGGAAACAAGAUUGAGCAGGUGGAAAAGAGACUGUAGGAGUUGCAUUUUUGGGGGGAAAUGGGAAGGUCUGAUGGGGGGAAGCAGAGGCUGGCGAGUGGAACUACCAAAUGCAGAGCCUCUCCAUGUACUAUAAUGUCUGUUUGCUUUUAAUCUACACUUACAGUCUUUAAAAUGGUGUAAAAAAAACAACGUUGAGACCUCUGUGGUGUAAGCAGGCAAGUAAUAAUGUUAAUGCACCUGACCAGGAUUUUUAUUUAUCAGAAAAUAAAAUAAAAUAAAUGUGCAUGCUGCUUAAUUGCAAAUAGAAGAAGAAGAAGAGUAGUUUGGAUUUGAUAUCCCGCCUUUCACUCCCUUUUUUAAGGAGUCUCAAAGCGGCUAACAUUCUCCUUUCCCUUCCUCCCCCACAACAAACACUCUGUGAGGUGAGUGAGGCUGAGAGACUUCAGAGAAGUGUGACUGGCCCAAGGUCACCCAGCAGCUGCAUGUGGAGGAGCGGAGACGCGAACCCAGUUCCCCAGAUUACGAGACUACCGCUCUUAACCACUACACCACACUGGCGUAGUUUGAAUAAAACUUCAAAGUGGUUUGCAAAGGGUGGCAGUCAACUAAGAUUUAUGUAUUUAUUUUAUUGCAAUUCCAUCCCGCUUUUUUCUCCAAGGAGCUCAAGUUAGUGUCUGUGGUUCUCUUAACCUCCUCAUCUGACCCCCACAGCAACCUUGUGAGGCAGUUUAGGCUUAGGAAGCAGUGACUGGCCCAAGAUGACCCAGCGAGUUUCACGACUAAGCAAGGCGAUUUGAACCCUGGUCUCUUCCAGGUCCUAGUCUGACACACUGCACCCUGCUUGACUUACUCAGAGUAGACCCACUGAAAUUACUGGGCCUAACUUAGUCAUGUUCAUUUAGCUGUGAUUCCUGCGUUGCAGGGGCGGGGUGGACUAGAUGUCCUUUGGGGUGUCCCUUACAAGGGUGCUACAACCUACUUCAUGCAAUUAAUUCCUGUGGGUCUACUGUGAGUAAAACACCCCCAAAGAACAUAAAACAUGCAUUGAAAUGAUCCAAGUUUUAAAAAAUAGGGGAGGAAAUGUAAAUUAUAAGCUAAAAUAACCGAUUAAAAUAGAAUAAACUUGACUUGAAACAUGAAAUUGAUUACGGUCAGAGACCAGCUUGAGAAACAGGAAUGGAACUGCAAUCCCAAUAGCAAAACAAACAUUUAAAGCAAUAUACAACAAUGGAUUUUAAUGGGUGGGUGGGUUUGCUUGAGCAGAAAGCUCUUUGGCAGGUGCCAAACCCUCUGCUUAGCAUCAAUUGGCAGGGAGUUCCAAAGGGCAGGAUCUGCCACUCUGCACUCUGCGGAUCAGCCUGGGCAGAAGAGAGGGAUUAAUAGCUCCCGGCAGCCAUAAUAUAUCCAGCUGAGCUGGCUUAGCCACUUCAUCAAAUAUCAAUAGUGCCUUUGGGGCGGACAGAGGCCAAUCUUGGUGCUUCCGAGGCUCCAGUUUCAAGGCGGAGCUUCUGGAAGAUACUCAAGGAUUUCUAAAGAACCUGCCUGAGCAGAAACCAGCCUCAGCAUAUCCCGGUCCAUGUCUUGAGCACGCAAAUGGUCUCGCACCUUGGCAGGUUCUGUUGGGUUGGGAUAAAUGAGGAAAGGCACUGGGUCCAGCAUGCCCUGGGACCUUUUCCUGCUGUGAGGGCUAGAGCAGAAGGAGGUCACCAUUGUUCUCCUAGGAAAGUGAAGUUGGAGAUCUGCUUCCAUCACUGAAGGUAGGUGGAAUCAAAGACAUGGGCUUCUCCACCCAGCUGAGCCUCCUGUUAUGCAGCCAGGUCUGCAUUUUGUGCAUAGGUAAAGGUGAAGGGACCCCUGACCAUUAGAUCCAGUCGUGACCGACUCUGGGGUUGCAGCGCUCACCUCGCUUUAUUGGCUGAGGGAGCCGGUGUACAGCUUCCGGGACAUGUGGCCAGCAUGACUAAGCUGCUUCUGGCGAACCAGAGCAGCGCACGGAAACGCCAUUUACCUUCCCACCGGUGUGGUACCUAUUUAUCUACUUGCACUUUGAUAUGCUUUCGAACUGCUAGGUUGGCAGGAGCAGGGACCGAGCAAAGGGAGCUCACCCCGUCACGGGGAUUCGAACCGCCGACCUUCUGAUCAGCAAGCCCUAGGCUCUGUGGUUUAACCCACAGCACCACCUGCGUCGCAUUUUUCGCAUAGCGCAUGGUUAAAAGCAAUGACUUGCCUCCAGCUAAGUCUGACUUGGAGUAGACCCACAGAAAUUAAUGGCACUAAGUAAGUGGUGUAUGUUGGCAUCCGUCCGUCUGGGGAGAUGAUGGAGGAAUGCUCUGUUGUGGAUGACGUCAAACCGUUAGAGUUACAGCGCCUGCUGUGGCUGUAGAGACGGAUAAGGGAGAGACAUGUUUUGUUGCAGCUGGGGCAGAUGGUUGUGUUGAUACAGAUAGAAUCUCAGAGCUGGAAGAGACCCCCAAGGCUCAUGUAGUCUGACCCCCCAGCAAUGCAGGAACCGAAUAUGCAAUGAGGUUGAGGGAAUGUUCUUUCACAUGUGGUGGGCUUGUAAAAGGGUAAAAGCGUAUUGGGAAAUAAUCUAUAAUGAAUUGGAAAAAUGUUUAAAAGUACUUCCCCCCCCCAAAAAAAAACAGAGUCCAGGUGGAAAUUCCCAGGUGUCAAAAAAGGUUAUUUAUGUAUGCCACUACUGCGGCCCGUGUUUUGUUAGCCCCAAAAUGGAAAACGAGCAAAGUCCCAACCAAAGAAGAAUGGCAACUUAAGUUGAUGGAAUAUGUGCAGCUUGCAGACUUAACAUAUAGAAUAAGAGAACGAGAAGAACAUACGUUUAGAGCAGAUUAGAAAACGUUUAUUGAAUACAUGGGGGGGAAUUGUGUGCACUUGAAAACGGCAGCAUUAAGAUCGACAGUGCAAAUAAGUUUUGAUGGCUGUAAUAAUGGAAUACUGUUUGGUAGAGUUUUUGUAAAAUAUGCAGGGAUUUAUGAUAUGCAAAAUGAACCAUGGAAAGGGAAGAAGGAAAGUCAUUGAUAUCUUAAGGAUGUUUAAAUGAGUAUUUUAAAUUUUAAAACAGAAAAUUUAAUUAUAUAUAUAUAGAUAUAUAUAUAGAUAUAUAUCUAGCAAUGCAGGAACCGCAGCUGAAGAAACCCCGACAGAUGGUCAUUUGUUACUCUCAAUGGGUCUACUCUGAUUCGGGCUAGCACUGGUACAGCCCUCUGGAAGAUGCUGCUAAUCUUGUUCCCUGCAGCUCCACUUACAGUCUUUGGGUGAAUCACGCAUCCUGCACUUUGAGUCCGUGUGGUUUUCUUGCGCAACGCUUCCAGGUUUCCGAGAGUCAAAGUCUGAGGGUGGGAGGCCAAGAGGACAUUUGAGGUAUUUGAGUAGCCUACCCAAGCAUUUGACUUGUAUUGGAAUGUGCUGUUUUAUUUCGCAAUGUACUGUAUAUGUUUUUAAAAACUGCUGGUUUUAUGAUGAGGUUUAUCUUAAGCAAACUUGUUUUCAACAUCUCAUUUUGCAGCAGUAGAACGAGCGUUAUGUGCUUCUUGAAAGAGUAGAGGUGGCCCCAAGUCCUUACGGUCUUUAUCAACCCAUUUUGAUUGAGUGAGUUUAUUUAAGACAUUUUUUCCCACUGUACUACAUAAUCAUUAACAUUUCUAAGCAGUUUUUAGCACUGCAAGGUUUCUCAGACAAGGAGACCACGAGGCGAUUGGAGCGCUGCGUCCAUCCUUCUCCAUUUUUUCUUUCUUUUAAGAAAUUAGCAAUCCAACCAAACUCACAGCCUUGGGCAGCAAGGGCAUGGAGACCCAUGGGAGCAGCAGGACAUUGGGGCAUUCCUCCGCUCUCUGGGGGGAUUGUAUGGGGGGAAGAUGGGUACCCAAAGUGCUGGCUUUAAACUGGGUCUGGACACAAGCAGGCAGCCGGCGUCAUUGGCACAGAACUGGUGUCCCGUGUUCUGAAUGCCUGGCCCCUGCCAGGAUUCUCGCUGCCAUAUUCAACUUGGAAGAUUUUGCUGGAGAAACCUCGCCACAUAAGAGCCAGGAGGCAGCGUGGUGUGGUGGUUAGAGUGUUGGACUAAGACCUGGGAGACCAGGGUUUGAAUCCCCACUCGUUCGCGAGUCUUGAGCCAGUCGCUGCAUCUUAGCCUAACCUACCUCACAGGGUCGCUGUGAGGAGAAAAUGGGGAGAAGAAAUAUGUAUGCCACUUUGAGCUUCUUGGGGGAACGGUGGGGUAUAAAUGUAAAAAUAAAUGAAUGAGUAACAUGAGACCAGGCAGUGGCCUAUCUACUCAUAGAGCCAUAGAACUGGGAAGUUGGAAGGGAUCCCAAGGAACAUCUGAUAAUAAUAAUAAUAAUAAUAAUAAUAAUAAUAAUAAUAAUAAUAGUAAUAUUUCUGUACUGCCCUAGACCCAUGGGUCUCAGGGCAGUUCACAAGCCAAAACCCACAAUAUGAAAACAGAAAUACAUAAUCAAAAUAUAAACAGAACCAGCUGAAUAACAGCCCCCCAAAACACAUUAAAAAACUAUUAUUAUUUUUAAAAAACAACAAUGCACAAUUAAAAAGCACUUUAAAAGAAUGUGAACAGUACUCUCUGCUGGGCAGCAGCAGCCCUUUUGUAGUCUAGACCAUCUAUGUAUUCCAACAUGGAAACCAGAGACAGAGGUUAUGCGCUUCUUAUUACAGGGGAGAGACCAGGAGCUCACCAAGACUGUAGCUAAGCUCCUCUGUUUGAUUUUUUUGUCGCCGAAGUAUGCUACAGGAUCCUGCCCUUCCUGGAAACCCACAGAGAUGAGGCGGAUCGCUCGCCUCUUCUGCCCUUUGGCGGGUGACUGUGCCGUUGGGGUCUCACUGGCCUGUCUAUUCUGAAUGUAUUCUGAAUGUUCUUAUGCGAUGCCAAUAAAGGUUAUUUGACUUGACUUUGGCUGGACUUAACCGUCCAGGGAUCCUUUUUACAUGGCUUCAGCUUCAAGCCUUCCCAGAUGGUCACCUGGGAGGAACUGCAACCCCUCCUCUGACCCGUCUCUCUUCUCCAGCAGGUACACCACCGAGGAGCAAGAUGGCUGUGCUCACCCACGUGCUGGCUUGCAUCUUUGGGAUCGGCUCCUGGAUGUCCAUCAACGGCGUGUGGGUCGAGCUCCCGGUGCUGGUGAACGUUCUGCCCGAGGCCUGGUACCUACCUUCCUAUCUAAUCAUCAUCAUCCAGCUGGCCAACGUGGGCCCUCUCUUCAUCACCCUCAUGCACAAGUGGAAGCCGGGCUUGCUGAGCGAGGUCCUCGUCAUCUGCAUCGUGGUCUCCACCGGAGUCGUGGCCUGCUUCCUCCUGGCCUUCCUGUGGCACUACACCAUGGAAUUCGGUGGGGCUCGCCACAGCGUGGCCUUCUUCAUCUUGACUUUCUGCCUCUCGCUGGUGGACUGCACCUCCUCCGUCACCUUCCUGCCUUUCAUGGCUCGCUUCCACCCUCGAUACAUCACCUCCUACUUCAUCGGGGAAGGUCUCAGCGGGCUGGUCCCUGCUCUCUUCGCUCUGGCGCAGGGAGCAGGGAUCUCCAGCUGCGUCGAGGUUGCCAUCCCAAGCAACCACACUCACAGAAGCAACGCCACCUUGGGCAACGUGAGCGCGGGCGACCCCAUCCCUUUCCGCCUAGAGACCCGCUACUCCCCCGCCAACUUCUCCAGCCUGGUCUUCUUCCUCAUCCUGUCCGGCCUGAUGUUCUCCUGCCUCGUGGCUUUCUUCUUCCUCAACCGCCUGCCCAGGGUGUGGGAUCUUUCGGAGCAGAAACUCUGCGCCAGCGAGAUCACCCUCCACUCCAUCCGGAAGAUCCCUGCGGAUGGAGGGCUGAAAGAAGGGUUCACUAACUUCCCUGUGGAGGGAAAGGCAGAAAGUUGUUCCAAAGAAGAUGAAGAAGGAGCUCCAGAGAAGGUUGUCUACUCCUGGACCACGUUGGCCUUCAUGUAUGUCCUCAUCACUUGGUGCAGCUCCCUCAUGUAUGGCAUCCUGCCCUCAGUGCAGAGCUACUCCUGCUUGCCCUACAGCAACUUAGCCUACCACCUCUCCACCACCCUGGGUGCCAUGGCUGUCCCUCUUGCCUGCAGCAUCUCUACGUUCCUGCCCAGCAGGUAGGUACCCACCCCCCUUGGCAAGAAUUCUUGAGUUCUCCAAGCUCUGGGAUUGAUUCUGCUUCACGAGUAUGUCUUGCUUUGGCCACCGCCCCCUUAAAGAAGGCUCGAGAUGCAACUCGCAAUGAGAAAAGGUUGCAUUUCAUAGAAUCAUUGGGUUGUAGAGUUGGAAGGGACCCCUCCCAGUCAUCUAGUCCAGCCCCCUGCAAUGCAGGAAUCCCAACCAAAGCAUACCUGAAGGAGCGUCUCCACCCCCAUUGUUCUGCCCGGACACUGAGAUCCAGCGCCGAGGGCCUUCUGGCAGUUCCCUCCCUGCGAGAAGCCAAGUUACAGGGAACCAGGCAGAGGGCCUUCUCGGUGGUGGCACCCGCCCUGUGGAACACCCUCCCACCAGAUGUCAAGGAGAAGAACAACUACCAGACUUUUAGAAGACAUCUGAAGGCAGCCCUGUUUUGGGAAGCUUUUAAUGUUUGACAGACUAUUGUAUUUUAAUAUUUUGUUGGACGCUGCUCAGAGUGGCUGGGGAAACCCAGCCAGAUGGGUGGGGUUAUAUUAUUAUUAUCCAUGACAGAUGGCCAUCCAACCUCUGCUUAAAAACCUCCAAGGAAGGAGAGUCCACCAUCUCCCAUGGGAGACUGUUCCACUGUCCAACAGCUCUAACCAUCAGACAGUUCUUUGUAAUGUUUAGUUGGAAUCUCCUUCCUUAUAAUUUUAAUCCACUGGUUCAGGGCCUACCCCCCAGAGCAGCAGAAAACAAGCUCGUUCCAUCUUCCAUGUGACAGCCCUUGAGAUAUUUGAAGAUGGCUAUUCUAUCUUCUCUCAGUCUCCUCUUUUCCAGGCUAAACAUACCCAGCUCCCUCAACCGUUCCUCAUCAAGCUUGAUUUCCAGACCCUUGGCCAUCUCAGUCGCCCUCCUCUGCACUCCUUCCAGCUUGUCAACAUCCUUCUUAAACUGUGGUGCCCAGAACUGGACACAGUAUUCCAGGAGUAGUCUGACUAAGGCAGAAUAGAGUGGUUUAUUUAUUUAAACAUCGCGACAAAAACUCGGAGGAUUUGCAUAACCAGUUAACCAAUCAGCCAGAUCCAAUUAGUCAAGCAGCAACAUUUCCUGCCGAGUAAAGGAGUGUCUCCCUUCCUGUUCCUGGGCAUAACAUCAGGCGCCACCUCUCAUCCUGCAACAAGGCAGGUUUAUGGAAGUGCAGCCAGUUUGCCCACAUUAGCGCCAAGCAGAGGGGGCACCGCAGGUGGCGCUGAAACACUGAUGAACGAGAGAAGGUGAGAGGCGGGGGGUGGCACCAAUUUUUGGUGCCGCACAGGCCCUACUGAAAUUUUAAAGCCCAACGUCCGCCACUCCUUAGAGUUGCCGUAUUUUUCGCUCCAUAAGACGCACCUGACCAUAAGACUUACCUAGUUUUUAGAGGAGGAAAACAAGAAAAAAAUAUUCUGAACGAAACAGUGGAUGUAUGAUUUUUGUGGUUCAUGCUGUGGCCACAGACAUGUGAUUUGACAGUGAAUUUGGGGUGACCCAAUGCAAAAAUCCUGAGCAUCCAUGUGGAUCUGUGCUUUGUAACCACAUUUUUGCGCCAUUGCAGCCCCACGCAACAGUGGGUGCGUGAUUUUUUUUGGUGCAGGCAGUAGCCAUGGACAUGCUAUGUGAUCUGAUGGUUAAUUUGGGGUGACCCAAUGCAAAAAUCCUGAGGAUCCAUGGGCUUUUACCUCCCCCCUCCCGGGCAGCCUCCUUUAUCUCUAGCAUCCCUUAUCUCCCUCCUGAUCGCUUGCCGAUCAGCAGCUUUGUUUCAACACCCACUUCCCUCUUUCAAAAAAAAAUAAAAAGCAUGAUCUGCUUUUCGCCCCUGGGCAGUUCGGCUCCAGGGACCAGGCAUUUACUCCAUAAGAUGCACAGACACUUCCCCUUACUUUUUAGGAGGAAAAAAGUGCGUCUUAUGGAGCAAAAAAUACGGUAGCUUAUUUUUUACAGUCCAACAGCAUAUAAAUGUUGUUAAAGAAAUAAACACCCUGUAAGCAAAGGUAGGACAAAAAGAAUCGCUGUUGUAUAACCUCACUUCAAGGAAAUCAGUGCCAGAUAGAAUCUAACCUCUGCUUUGAGAUUGGUGCGAUCAAAUCAGGAUGAAUGCAAAUCAAAGAUGCUCAGUAAAUAGGUCAUCUGAACAAGCUCUGAAUCUCUCCCGCUCUCUAUUUGAAGCUUCAUCCCAUGUGAAAUCCUGACCCCAAUUUGGCUUGAAAUUCGCUGCCUAUUUGCCUUGAUGCUUUCCUUUGCUCUCCCCCCAGGUCCCUCGCCUUCUUGAGUGUCUUGGCAUUCACCGGGACGGCCUUUGGCGCCUACAACAUGGGCAUGGCUGCCCUGAGCCCCUGCCCGCCCCUAAACCACUCGGAGUGGGGGGACGCACUCAUCGUAAGUAGCUUACACCAAAGGCUCUGGCAUUCUCUGCUUUUGCAAGAGGGAUGUUGCUCAGAGACGUGAUGGGAUAUCCUGCAGCUUUGCAAAUGGGUCCCGGAAACUUCCUAACCCAGAAUGGGUCUUGACAAGGACCCAAAGGCUGCAACGGUUGCUCACUGGCUGCGAGGGCCACAUUCUGCCCCAGGCAGCCUUCCAGGGGUCGCUAGCCGGAGGUGGGUGUGGCCCGAGGUCAACAGGGGUCAGGGCCCUGGGUGCGGAUUUUGCAAUUGUUCAGCAGGCAUAUGAAAAUUCAAUUUUCUCCAGCCUCUGUUCAGGCAAGAGGUAUGCGUUUGGCCGGUUCAAGGACAAAUUCCAGCCAAGCAAAAGUGUGGACACAGGGGGGUACAGGGUGAGGCCAAAGGGGGUGGGGCCUACAGGGAGGGGUGGGGCCUAGGGACAGUCCCAAAGGCCAGGUAGAAAGCCCUACAGCUUCUCCCCUCCUGCCCUAAAAGAAAAUGACGCCAGUUCCUGGAGGAGGAUAGGUCUACUUGGCUACUAGCCAAGAGAAGUGGGACCUGAGAUUGUUGUAAACAAAAAUCUGCCUUUGUUCCCUUAUGGGGUAUCCAAGAGCACAUAUAGAGUCCUUACGUAGGUUCCCUAUUGGUAGGAGAAAAUAACAGAGGCCAACCAGAGAAUAUUGAGAAGCAAAGCAGCUCGUAAGCCUGAUCUUUAUUGAUCUGUUGCAACAGGGUGCUCCCCUCACACGCAGGAAAGGAGAAGGAACCUAGAACAAUGGUGUGCAAAGCCUUAUAAAGACUUUUGAAAUUGCCACCUGUAGAUCAAGACCACCCCCAGAAACAUCAUCCAUACAUCACAGAAGGGGUGUAACCUAAGACCACCCCUCAGAUACAUCACACCUUCAUCACAAAAAAAGGCGGUCUAAAACAGAAAUUUGAAUGUUGUUUUUCUCCUGUCGUUGUUUAUCUCCUGUCUGGCAGGUUACUUGAUUGGAUUGCCUGGGGAGCCUGGCCAGUUUUUUGAAAUGAUAAAUACUUAGUUCCUGAGCCAUGUCACAGGCUCACAUUCUAUUCAAAUACAGACAUACCCUUAAGACAGGAUUUGUGAAGGAAAAGACAAUGGGGAGUCUUUUCCAUUUUCCUUUGACCUUGCAGAGAAAACAUUUGGUCAGUUUGGGAAUCAAAAAUGGUUCCAGGUCUGUCCCCCUGCGCUGAUCUAUGUACGUGCUUGGUUGGUACACUUAUGAACAUUUAACAUAUAACAAAGACCUCAAAUUUCCUAUCACAAGACAAAGGGGAGUGAUGCUCUUCAGGAUUUUACCCACUCCAGUUCAUCCCUCUCGCCAUGUUUCCCAUUCCCAACACCCCUUCUACAGUCCAUCAGUUGCUCAGUAUGUUAUGCAGAAAGCAUGACCAGUCCUUAUUGAGCCUAUGGGGGGUUUUUUUGCCCCAAACAUGUUUUGUACUUCUGCAAACCUUGUGGGUUCCGUGGGGGCUGCGCAUGCCUCCCUCCCACGUGUGGGUGGCAUUGCUUUAGCUACAUAACACUCGCUCACAGACCAUUGGGAAGUGGAGCCUGCAACAAAAUGUUGCAGCGUGGAAUGCUUCUACUCAGCCAGCCAGGCCCCUUUUCGGGGCACCUCAUCCUGUUCCCAUCCCACGCCCGGCCACUCCAUCAUCAGCAUUCUGUGCCUGCUGAUACUGCCCUCUCGAACUGAGAUUGCUGUGAGCAUGUAGGGUGAUGGCAAGAUGGAGCCUCCAGGUUUAAAAGCACUCUACCACCAUUUGCUGAUGGGUGGGGAACAGGAAAGCUAAUGUUUUCAUUAAAGGUGUUGACCUUUAAAGCCCUAAACGGCAUCGGCCCAGUAUACCUGAAGGAGCAUCUCCACCCCCAUCGUUCAGCCUGGACACUGAGGUCCAGCUCCGAGGGCCUUCUGGUGGUUCCCUCACUGCGAGAAGUGAGGUUACAGGGAACCAGGCAGAGGGCCUUCUCGGUGGUGGCGCCCGCCCUGUGGAACGCCCUCCCACCAGAUGUCAAAGAGAUAAACAACUACCUGACAUUUAGAAGACAUCUGAAGGCAGCCCUGUUCAGGGAAGUUUUUAAUGCGUGGCAUUUUAGUGUAUUUUUGGUCUUGGUUGGAAGCCGCCCAGAGUGGCUGGAGGAACCCAGCCAGAUGUUUGGGGUACAAAUAAUAAAUUAUUAUUAUUAUUAUUAUUAUUAUUAUUAUUACCCUUAUCUCAAGUAUCUGGCUAGCCAAGUGGGAAGCAGUUUGUUGACCUAGGUUAAUGUUUAGCUUGUUCCAAUGCAGCUGCUGUGUGCUUAAUGGAAUAAUGAAAGGGGAAGGUGAUAAUUUGUUGGCUUCGGGCCAAGAAAGGAAUUCAAUGGCAGAGGUUCAAACACAGCUGCUUCUGUGCCGACAGGUGAUCUCCUGGGUGCUCUUCAACGGGACCCUCGCGUACGUCAAGGUGAUGCUAGGAGUGAUCCUUCGCGGCCACAGCCAGAGCGCCCUCGUCUGGUAUGGAGCGAUGGAGCAGCUCGGGGGUCUGCUUGGAGCUGUCAUCAUGUUCCCCUUGGUGAAUGUCUACAGCAUCUUCAAAUCGGCCGACUACUGCAGCUUCCGGUGCCCGGCGUGACCUCAAGAGGAGGCAAGGGGUCGUCUCGGAUCAAUGCAGCAAUCAGGACGCUUGACCCGUUUCCAAACUGAAGGAAGGAACCGUGCAAAUAAGUUCCCCUUAAGAUCAAGGCGAAGGAAUGCAAGGAAUCGUCAGGCAACGUCACCCUUGACUUUGUGUAACGGUGACAGGCGAUGAAUUAACUUCAGACAUGGCUCCACGCUCCUCCUCCUGCUGCCAUUUCUUAACCUUGGAUGAACAAGAACCCUGCUGCAGGCCUGUGUUCAGAACCGGGCCAAGGAGCUGUAUAAAGCCUUGUAAAUAAAUCAGUCGAAUUACCAACUCCUGUGUCGAACCCGGAUUCAGCACAGACGUUGCCACCAGUUGCUUAAGGUCCCUUUGGGCAGUCGUAAGCUGCAGCCCACACCAUUGAACUUGCCAUUUAGUUUUUCAAACCUUUUUUGUAAAUUCUGUAUUAGGACCUUUGAGUCCUUAAUCCUUUAUUAGAAGAAGAAGAGUUUGGAUUUGAUAUCCCGCCUUUCACUCCCUUUAAGGAGUCUCAAAGCGGCUAACAUUCUCCUUUCCCUUCCUCCCCCACAACAAACACUCUGUGAGGUGAGUGGGGCUGAGAGACUUCAGAGAAGUGUGACUGGCCCAAGGUCACCCAGCAGCUGCAGGUGGAGGAGCGGAGACGCGAACCCGGUUCCCCAGAUUACGAGUCUACCGCUCUUAACCACUACACUACACUGCACUUUGCUUCACCUAGGUCGAGCUAGGAUUAUAAUACUUCAGAAUUUUGGGGAGUUCUACCCCCCUUUUUGAAUUUUGGUCAUUUAAGGUUUAUGAUUUUUCUAUUUCCUUCUGAGGAAACUGAAUAGUUCAGUGAAACGAGGUUUGUAGCCGGCAUCCCAUUAAGGCUUUGUUCUAUUUUAGGUUUUUUCUAAUUUUUUCCUUCAACUUUUUGAUUCUUAUUAUUUAGUUUAAGAUAAUAUUUCUAAUCGAUUACUUCUCGUUUCAGGGAUUUUCACAGUAUUUCAUUUGUUUUGUGCAAUUUCUCGGUUGUGUGACUGUCUUUUUUCUACUUGCCACACCAGUGUGCUUGGCAAGACUGGGGAGACAGCAGAGGAAUCGUAGCAUGUUCCAGCGUGGAUGGUGCUGCAACCCACAGGGCGAUCCUUAAUCCACAUGGAAGAGGAUUUCUAAGUCACGUGCAAAGGGGAAAAGGAACAGACUCCACACCCAGGAUGGAGCCCAGGGAGGGGUGGGCAAACUGGUCCAUUUCAGUUCUCAUUUUUCCAAACUGAAGUUCAUUUCUGCACAUUUCCACAUCAGUUUGCAAAAACGAAAAUUCACAUAUGAACGUGAGCCUGCUGGAUCAGGCCAGCGACCCAUCUAGUCCAGCAUCCUGUUCUCACAGUGGUCCAUCAGAUACCUGUGAGAAACCCACAAGCAAGAUCUGGUCACAAGAGGACUUUCCCCCCUCCUGUGGUUUCCAGCAGAGCCAUAACAGCUGCACAUUUUUGUUUGCAAUUUUGCUUUAUUUCUGCAAAGCAUUUUCUCCUAAUAUAAUGCGCUUCUAUGUGCCAUUUACCCCAGUAUUUGCAUAUUGGUAAGCGUUAUGUGGCUAGAGGACUGAAUUGCAGUAUUCAGGGAAGCGCAAGUUCCAAAGGAUGCCUCGUGGGAGUUGUACUCCGAAACAUUUAGAGGGCACCAGGUUAGGAAAAGCUGGUCUCUGGGCCAGCGCAAGACCUUUUGGUGCCUGAGGCGAAGGACAGACUGAUGCCUCCUUCCACUCUGUGUACAGGUGCAAACCAGACAAGUGUUUCCCUGCACCUCAAGACAGCAGGCACACAUCGCUCUGCCCUCCAUCCUCCUGCAGCUGUUUCCCACCCAAAUCC